ACGUCACUGAGGGGGCGGCGUCCUGGCGUUCAAAACAGAGCCUGCCCUCAAUCCCUUUCUUAUUUCUCCUCUCCCGUCCAUUUUUGCGCUUAUUUUUACCCACUUUUCGAUGAUUUGAAUUUCUUAGAGCCUUUUUAGUUUUUGAUCACUUAUUAAUUCCAAUAUAAUGCGGCUGAUUUCUGUUUUUGCACCGCGUAACACCCAAAUCCCCCUCUUCGCUUUCUCUUCUGACAUCCUCCCCGUAUUUGUUUGCUCGCUGCUUUCGGUGAAAAUGGACGAAUAAAAGCCGUAUAAAUGCGCCUACCGUCGAUGAGAUACUCGGCUUUUGACAUCGAAGAGGUGUGCGUGCCCUGGGUGCAGCCUGGCCUGUGCUGUGGAGGUGAUGAAGUUCCCUGGUCCUGUGGAGAACCGGCGCCUCCUGACUCUUCUGGAGGCUGCCCUGCACCGGGAAGCUCGCCUCUGGAAGGUCCCAGUCUACAAGAACGGGCUCAUCCAGGGCACUGACACCUCUUCAGCCCAGCACCAGGAGGUGAUCCGAUGGGUCGGGGAGAUGAGCCGCUGCUUCCGCUUCUGCCCCGAGACCUUCGCUUUGGGCGUGUGCAUCCUCCACCGCAUGCUGUCCACUGUCAAGGCCCAGCCAAAAUACCUGAAGUGCAUGGCGUUCACCUCUCUGAUCCUGGCUGCCAAAAUUAACGAGGAAGAUGAGGUCAUUGGCUGUGUGAAGGACCUGGUUGUGCUGAGCGGCUGCAGCUUCUCCACAGCAGAGAUCCUUCGCAUGGAGCGCAUCAUUCUGGACAAACUGCACUGGGACCUGUACACCGCCACACCAGUGGACUUCAUUCACAUCUUCCACGCCCUGCUGGUUUCGGGACAGCCCUUCCUCAUCCCGUCCAUCGGCCUGGGCUCCGGGGUGGCCCAUCAGAACAGACCCUCGGGCCUCCAGGGGGCGCUGUGGACCAGGCAGGUGCAGCACUGUAUGGCCUGCCACCAGCUCUGGCAGUUCAAGGGCUCCACGUUGGCUUUGGCCAUCAUCACUUUGGAGCUGGAGGCGCUCACCCCCGACUGGUUCUCCAUCUGCAACGAUCUGAUGAAGAAGGCACAGGUGGACAGUGGCGAGUUGAUCCACUGCAGGGAGACGGUGGACGAGUACCUCCACAGUCUGGAGUUCUCCCUGUCCACAAACGCUGUCUACAUCCUGGACACGGCUCAGAUCGGGGAGACAGAGAGGCCAGGGGCACGCAGGGGGAGGGGCCAACGCGACCAGGGCGAGCACGACGACUACUACGACGGUUUCGGGUGCUUGUACAGCGAGGAGAUGAUGCCCGAUUCUAGCAACGGAGUGUCUAUGAAAAACGUGUCCCCCUGCCCACCACUCCACCCUCCCGUCAUCUAAAGGAGGAAUACACUGUCCAAUUCUUAGUCGGAAAUUACAUUCACUUACUAUGAAGGUCCAAAAGUUAAGGUUUGAACGACCAUAGGUUACCUACCUGUCGUGUUUUUGAACCAGUGACCAAUUAAGCGUCUUGGUCAGAUUUUAGUUUUAGGUUUGUUUUGUGUUUUUUUUUUUUAAUUUGUGAAUCCUUUGUACGUGUUGGCAGCCAAUUUUCUUUGACUAGAGAGAUGGGUGUGUUAAACUCUGAUGCUACAAAACAGGAAAACCUUAGACUGAAUGUUUCACUUUGAGACAGGGCUGCAAUGGUCCAUCCCAGCUGUUAACCUGUUCACCUUUUUGUAUUUUUAAUCUACCUUUUGAACCCAGAGACGGUUUUGUUUUAAUGUGAAGCUAAUCGAUAAGUGGAACGCGUGGUUAUUAUGUUCUGAGAGUCGAUCCAGAUUUAGUUUGUGGUGCUCCGGUUCUCCCCGAGCCUAACAGCACUUUCAGAGAAAUACAAGCUUUUUUAUUAUAAAACUAUAUUUUUUCAGAAGUCUUUAAUGUUAUUUUAACCUUUUACUUCCUUUUACUUAACAUUUGCGCGUUUCUGUACUCGUUACGUUUGGAAAAGCUUUACUUUCAUAACAAAUGCUGCACAAACUCACUGUUGUCCGGUUACACCUGUCACUUUCAAAGACUUAGAUGAGGGGUUAGCUCCAGAUGAACUGGCAUCAUGAGAUUCACAUCUUCAUGAUCAGCAUCGGUAGAACACACUCUUAGAUCCUAGUGUUUAGUAUUCCUGCAUUAACAAUAUUUAAAACUUAAGUUAAAACAUGUUAUGUCUGUUCCCAUAAAGGGGACAUUUAAUUUAAUCUGCUUUUAUUUAGCACAAUCUGUAUCUUUGCUUUUAAAAAGAAAACGAUGGAAACACAAUAUGAUCAGUGAAACUGCAUUUGUGUUGUCUCUGUUGAAGGUCUUCACUCCAAACUCUAAAGACAUUUGAUGUAAUUUUCUGCUUGACCUCAGCGUGAACUGGUUACUGUUCCAAACUGUUGCUCCACUCGUCAGUUUACUUUGUCUUCAACAUGUUUCUUCCAAUACAAAGGCAGCUAUUCUUUGUUUCCAUGAAAAAAACAAUAAAGCUGAGACUUAAAAAGUCAAAA